CGGAAAAGGCUCCCUGUAUCGUUGAAACUUCGGCAGUGGGAGGAGACAAGCUGAAGGAAGCUUCGAAUUCUUACUGAUUGAGUUUCUGCAAUGCAUCGUGUGGGAAGCACAGGAAACACAAACAAUUCAAGUCGGCUUCGUAAAGAGAAGAGAUUAACAUAUGUUUUGAGUGAUUCUGAUGACACAAAGCACUGUGCAGGCAUAAAUGGUUUGGCUACCCUCAAGUCUUCUGUUUCUAAUGGGCCUGAUUAUCUCUUCACCGGGAGCCGUGAUGGCACACUGAAACGAUGGGCACUGGCUGAAGAUGCUGCAACAUGCUCUGCUACCUUUGAGUCUCAUGUUGAUUGGGUGAAUGAUGCUGUUAUCGUGGGUGAUAGAACACUUGUUUCUUGUUCUUCAGAUGCAACCCUCAAGACAUGGGAUGCCUUAUCUGAUGGAGCUUGUACUAAGACUCUCAGCCAACAUUCUGAUUAUGUUACUUGCCUUGCGGCUGCAGAAAAAAAUAGCAAUAUUGUUGCCUCUGGUGGCCUGGGCGGAGAGGUUUUCAUUUGGAAUCUUGAAGCUUCAAUCACCCCAAUCUCAAAAUUCCAUGAAGUUAUGGAUGAUGAUUGUUCAAAUGGUGUCAAUGGUUCUGGCAACUCCCUAAUAAUGACAGGCUUACAUACCAUCAGCUCAAACAACAAUCUUUCCUCACCCACUAGUCAUUGUCAAGGGUAUAUUCCGAUUGCAGCCAAAGGCCAUAAGGAGUCUGUUUAUGCAUUAGCAAUGAAUGAAGGUGGAACACUUCUUGUCUCUGGUGGCACAGAAAAGGUUGUGCGUGUUUGGGACCCAAGAUCUGGAUCAAAGACUAUGAAGCUAAGGGGGCAUACGGAUAACAUUAGGGCUCUACUUCUGGAUUCUACUGGCAGGUUUUGUUUAUCAGGAUCAUCUGAUUCUAUGAUCAGACUUUGGGAUCUAGGUCAGCAGCGAUGUGUACAUUCAUAUGCUGUUCAUACAGAUUCUGUUUGGGCACUGGCCACCAGCCCAUCAUUUAGUCAUGUUUAUAGUGGUGGGAGAGACCUUUCGUUAUACUUGACAGACUUGCAAACAAGAGAGAGUCUUCUGCUUUGCACUGGCGAAGACCCUAUAUUGCAAUUGGCUUUGCAUGAUGAUAGUAUAUGGGUUGCAUCUACCAAUUCUUCAGUACACAGAUGGCCUGCUGAAGGACAUUAUCCUCAAAAGAUUUUCCAAAAGGGCAAUUCCUUUUUAGCUGGAAACUUGUCCUUUUCCAGGGCAAGGGUGUCCCUAGAAGGAUCCUCCCCAGCACCUGUUUAUAAAAAACCAACCUUAACUAUUGCUGGUACCCCUGGAAUAGUGCAGCAUGAAGUGCUCAAUAAUAGGAGGCAUGUUCUGACAAAGGAUACUGCUGGUUCAGUGAAACUGUGGGAGAUUACAAGGGGCGUUGUGAUCAAAGAUUAUGGAAAGGUUUCGUUCGACGAGAUAAAGGAAGAGCUGUUUGAGAUGGUUAGCAUUCCUGCAUGGUUCACUGUGGAUACCAGGCUUGGAAGUUUGUCAAUCCAUAUGGACACUCCCCAAUGCUUCUCUGCAGAGAUGUAUUCAGCAGACCUUAAUAUUGCCAACAAGCCUGAAGAUGAUAAGGUUAAUUUGGCUCGAGAAACCCUUAAAGGGCUCUUGGCUCAUUGGUUGGUGAGACGAAAGCAAAGAGUGGGAUCUCAAGCUAAUGGGGAAAUAGUAGUACCUGGAAAGGAAAGUAGUACAAGAAGUCUUAUCCAUUCAAGAAUUGAGGUUGAUUGCAGUACCGAGAAUGAUGCUAAGGUUUAUCCUCCAUUUGAAUUUUCAUUUGUUUCCCCUCCAUCCAUUAUCACUGAGGGCACACGUGGAGGUCCAUGGAGGAAGAAAAUUACUGAUUUAGAUGGAACUGAGAACGAGAAAGACUUCCCCAGCUGGUGUUUGGACUGUGUAUUGAAUAAUCGAAUGCCUGCAAGAGAAAAUACUAAAUGCAGUUUCUUCCUGCAACCAUUUGAAGGUUCUACCGUCCAGAUCCAUACACAAGGAAAACUAAGUGCUCCACGUAUAUUGAGAAUUCACAAAGUUAUUAAUUAUGUAAUAGAAAAGUUGGUCCUUGACAAGCCACUGGAUAGCUCAAAUACCGAAGGUAGUUUUACCGCUGGAUCUGCACUUGGGGAUGGAUCUUUUCGAUCUGGAUUGAGGUCUUGGCCAAAGCUUAAACCUUCUAUUGAAAUAUUGUGCAACAAUCAGAUGUUGUCUCCUGAAAUGAGCUUAGCGACAGUGCGUGCUUAUAUAUGGAAGAAAACAGAUGAUCUGAUCCUCAAUUACAGGGUGGUUCAAGGCAGGUGAUGGCAGAUUGUGCAAAAAGGUGGGAAAAAUAUGCAGUUGAUUUUUGUUGUCUCAGGUCUCAGCAAGGUCCACACACUUGCUAUAAAAUACUCGAGCACUGAUUCUUUGGGAGUGCUUGUGUUGAUCGGUGGCAUUAUAUGUUGUAAAUUCUGAAAAUCGCAAUGAGGACCAAAUCUACUGGCAUUCUCCAAACCUGCUUGGAAUCUUGGAUAGGUUUUCUUUAUCGAAGAGGUCUUGCAGCGAGUAUCAUGGGCUUGCACACUUAACACUGGACACGGCAGAGUAAAAGGGUUCUCCUAGCAAGAUAAAUAUUUAUUCUUUUCGACUCUGUUGAGAAUCAAUGGGGAAUCAUACUGGCCUACUGUAAUGUUUUCUAGGAAUUAGGUAGUCAAUCAGUUUAGAGAUGCCGUCAAAAUCGUUGUACAAUUGAAUUGUGCCUUCAAUAUCUAAGGUAUAGGAACUUUUCUCUAGAUGGAUCUUCAUAGUCAUCGCUCUACUUUUUUUGAUCUUGCUAUUUUAAUAUCUUGUAGAUUGCAAAUAAUAUAUGUUCACAUUUGUUUCAAAUUACAGACUUCCAAUCUACACUCUUUUCGUUGACCCU